AACUGGCCCCACCUCCAGAGAGAAUAUAAGGCCAGGAACCCAGAGAGAGGCACUCAGAACACCUCUGAUCUUCAGCUCUCCAGCAACUUGUGACCUGUGUUGUGAUCAGAGCUGCACAACUGUGAAGACUCAGAAACUGAACCGCCAAGAUGGGUAUAGUGGAUUUGCUAAACCUUUUCUUCAAGCAAGGAAUGGAACUGCGAGUCACCGGUGUCCCUGGAUCCCAUGGUUUCUCAAUCAAUGUGGGUGAAUCUGAUGCCAUCAUGGGGCUCCACAUCAACGCUCGUUUUCAAGGCUCUGGCCCAGGUGUCAUCGAGCUGAAUAACAGGAAGGAUGGGACCUGGGGUGUUAAAGUGACAGAAAAAAACUUUCCUUUCCGGCAGGGCGAGGAGUUUGAGGUGUCCAUCACCUUUGCCGAUGAGCAUUUUUACAUUAGCCUGCACGACGGCCACAUGCUGAUGUUCCCCAACCGCCUGCAACUGCCCCAGUACAGUAAAAUAUGGUUUACAGGAGACGUCAAGAUCACCGGCAUAUAUCUCAAGUAAAGACCCACCAGGAGGUGCUAGAUAUACCCUUUCUGGCUCCUGAUUUGCUGCUCUGCUUCUGCUUCCUGGUGCCUUCCUACAGCUGUGCUACGAGUGCUACAAUCUCCCAGAGAUCAGUACCUUUAAUCUUGUGCUUCUCCGCGACAUUUAGACCGUCUGGUGUCUGUCCAAACCCACUGCGUAUGAUCCAGGUUCAAUAAUAAAUCUCUAUCAUGAGUAAA